AUGUUUUAUAGGGUUGGUGGUUAUCAUGGCGACACCAUGGUUAAGUGUCUGACCACACAUCUCAGUGUUUUCUCCGUAGGCCUGUUUGAUGCCAAUGUCGACACCGAUUUUACCUACGAAUACAUUGCAGACCAUAGAGAGGAACACAUCGCUGCAACAAUGAUUGUGAUCGUGAUGACAGUGCAUAUGCUGAUUGUUAUGCUGUUUGCGAUAAAUUACGAGAUGAUCGAAGGUGACAAGGAACACAUCGCUGCAACAAUGAUUGUGAUCGUGAUGACAGUGCAUAUGCUAAUUGUUAUGCUGUUUGCGAUAAAUUACGAGAUGAUCGAAGGUGACAAGGUGAAUCAACAGCUUUCAGGCCAGUGCUCUUUUUUUUCAAAUCUUCGUUUCGUAAAGGUCGCGGUACCAAUUCCUUUCUUGGACUCAACUCUGCUGCAAUUCCAGUGGGCUGCUCUACGAGACAAGAACGGAAAUAGCGCUAAAGGCACAGUUUUUUUAUUACAGUAAAC